UCGAUCUUCUGGUCGACACUGCAGAGAUCAUUCACAUGGGAAUAAAUCAGAGGGGAAAAGAAGAAGGAAAACACACCCAAAAGUUCAUGUACAAGCCACACAGCAUAACCAAAUACAAAUGCUUUAGGUAGUUAGUGCUGUGGGACAGUGUUAAGCAGGCAGUUUUCCCUAUCCUCUCCAGAAGAGGAAAAAGUUACUUCCCUGUGUGCUAAACGGUUUAAGGAAGCUUUUCCUGUCUUUCCAGAGGACUGUCGAGGAGGAGGAGAGAGGCAGAGAGUGUGUUCAUGCUGUCCCUUUCAAUCUUUCCCAGGAAGCUUCCACACAUAUUGAUAGGGGACAACUCUGCAGAAAUGGCACAUAAUGGAACCUUCACUGGAAACAGGGAUGAUUUGGAUACAUACCUAAAUAUGCAUGAUUCAGAUGAUGGCUACUUUAGCGUCAUAAUCGGUGCUGUUAUUGCCGUGGUCAUCCUGGUCAUCGUCAGUCUGCUGGUGGUGAUCCUUCGCUACAUGUACAAGCACAAGGGCACCUACCACACCAACGAGUCCAAGGGGACUGAGCUGGCGGAGUCCGCCGAUGCAGCGCUGCGUGGUGACCCAGGCCUGUGUGACACCAUGGAUGAGGGCAAGAGGGAGUACUUCAUAUGAUACACCCCUCACCCCAACAAAACCUCCUCCCAUACCUCACCAUAACCUACCACCACUCUCUCUACCCUAAUCACCUCUAAUCACCCCAAACUCCAUUCUACCAUGGCCUGCCUCACAUUACAUCCACCCUCUCCUACCCACCUCUGCUGUACCCAUUCUCAAGCCUUUUCCCAAAUUAACACACUUCCACAUUACCCCACAUUACCCCAUUUACAUAUAGACCUAUGAGUUCCUAUACCACUACUUUAUUACAGUUUCAAAAAGAGCUUCAGGUAAAUAAUUUUAUAGCAACCAGAUCAGUGUGUGUGUGUGUGUGUGUGUGUUUGUGGGUUGUGUGUGUGUAGGCGGGGGGGUGGUAGGUGAAGGUGAAGAGAGUUGAGCACUGGAUGUUCUGAAGUACUGAAAUUGGCCAGAGGAGCCAAAUAAGUUUGAGCUCAAAGAGGCCUCGCUUGCAUCUGACAUGAAUCAGCAGUACUGCUGAACGGACUCCUCACUGCACUGAACACUGCACUGAAGGCCGGCCAUGACAGAUGUGGGAUGUAGGACGUAGACAGAUCAAGAAAAGCCAAGGGGAGAGUGGAGAAUUACCACACCCUGCAGCAGUGUCUUCUGAGUCUCUAGAAACAAUUUUGAAUAUCUCAACAUUAGUCACUGAAAUCUUUCUUAUUCAUAUUCAUAUUCAUAUUCAUAUUCAUAUAUAUAUAUAUAUAUAUAUAUAUAUAUAUAUAUAUGAAUGAUGUUUUACCAUGUUUUCUAUUGCAGUCCAUAAGUAAUUGUAUAAGAUACUUAUAAGAUACAUAAGUAUAAGAUACUUCUUAUAAUACAAUGCAUUGGAUUUGAAAGGAAAUGAUAAUUACAUCUAUAUUGGAUGAACCACAUAUGGCAUAUAAUUGUAUCAUUUUCAAACCUGUGCUCAAGUAAAUGUCAAAAGAACAAAUUAACUUAAUCAUAAAUAAAAUUAUUGUUUAUAUA